AUCCUGACGCCAGCUCAGAUCCUUGCCUUGCCGGGUGAUAUCCGCAUCAUUGGCACACGGUGGGUGCACACGGACAAGAACCAGAAGCAGCGUCUCCUGGCACUUCACCUUUGCCACAAGACAGGUAAGACUCGCGAGCAAGUGACUAAGGAGUACCCCUUUGCUGCGAAGUCCCGCUUGGUUGUGCAAGGCCACCAAGAGGAUGCUUCAGACAUCCGCACUGACUCGCCAACGGCAUCACUCCUGGCCUUUAACCUCGUGAGUGCCGUCGCAGUCUUGAAGGGUUGGCAAGUGUUGGCUGCAGACGCGUCCACCGCCUACCUUCAAUCUCAUGGAAUAAGCCGCUUGCUUAUUCUUCGCCCUCCGAGGCCGCCUCCUCCCGGACUCGGACCAAAUGACCUCCUGAGAGCAAAAGGGUCCAUAUACGGCGCCCGAGAUGCAGGCCGUUCCUGGUGGAAGAGACUUUACAAAUCUCUCCGUCAGAAUGGAUGGCGUAUGUCGGCCAUCGAACCGGCGCUUUUCAUUCUGGCAAGUGGUCCUUCUUUGCUUGGAGUGCUCAUUACCCAUGUUGAUGAUAUCUAUGCCUGUGGGAAGUCUGCCUUCCGUGGACUUAUCGGCCAGAUGGGAUGGGUCGUUCGACAGUCACGCCCCGACCUCAUGGUCAACGUCAGCAUGGCUGCCCAGGCCAUGGGAGCCCCGAGGGUCAAGGACGUUGUUGCCCUGAACAAGGCCGUGAAGCUCCUCAAGGACUCCUCCGAACACAAGUGGUGCUUCAAGAAGCCCAGCUUCAAGCUCGAAGAGGCCGUCGUCUUCUCCUUUGCGGACAGCAGCUUCGCCAACGUGGAAGGCGGCAAGUCCCAGUGCGGCUACGUAGUGGGUCUGACAACCAAGGACAUCUUUGACGGCGACCUGGUGCCGAUCCUCGUCUUGGAGACCUACUCCGGCAGCAUAAAGCGAGUAUGCCGCAGCACCCUGGCUGCUGAGGCCAAUGGCUUUCUUGCUGGCGCUGAGGCCGCAGAGUACCUGAGGAUGCUCUUGAUGGAGCUCACGCACCCGGACAUUCCGAUCCGCGACUUGGACAACCACUACUUGAAGGAGAAGAUCGCUAUGUUCACAGAUGCUCGGAGCCUGGAGCAGUCCAUCAACAAGGACACUGGCCAACCAGCGGACAAAAGAGUCCGCAUCCUGCUCGCCCAGGUCAAGGAAAUGAUCGGGGAGAACACGUUCGAGGACGAUGCCCCGGCCUACGCCACCUGGGUGGACACGUCGCAGAUGCUGGCGGAUGUUCUGACUAAAGAAGGGUGUGACCGCGAGCCACUUUUGUAUGCCCUCGCCGAAGGCGUAUGGCAACUAAAAGCCUCCAAGGCCGCUCAGGAGAGAAAGCUCCUGAUCCGUGCUGGGAGGCACUCUCGUAAAGCCGCCCGCUCACGAGCCGAGGACGGGUGUUGA